GGGUUUUGAUGCUUGGAUGUGCUGCUGCCUUUUUCUGGCAGUAACAGUACUCAGCAGUCAUCGACUGGGAAAUAAAACUGAGGAACGCCGGGAUUAGAAGUCUACUGUCAUUUAAAAUCCGCAUUUUUUCGUAGAACCAGUAAUUUCAAACAUGUUACCAUUUUCGGGCUCCUUAUUGUUGGUUUCUUUGGCAGCCCACAUUCUGUGUUUAGAGGUGCCUGCUGAUGGAAGUACUGGUCUGCUAGCUGAGCCACAGGUGGCUAUGUUUUGUGGGAAACUCAACAUGCAUAUGAAUGUCCAGAAUGGAAAGUGGGAAUCAGAUCCAUCAGGGACCAAGGACUGUAUUGAAACGAAGGAAGGAAUUCUGCGCUACUGUCAAGAGGUCUAUCCAGAGCUGCAGAUUACUAAUGUCGUUGAGGCCAAUCAGCCUGUGACCAUCCAGAACUGGUGCAAAAGAGGACACAGACAGUGUGAGAGUCAUGCCCACAUGGUGAUACCUUACAGAUGCUUAGUUGGGGAGUUUGUGAGCGAUGCUUUGCUGGUGCAAGACGAUUGCAAAUUUCUUCACCAGGAGCGGAUAGAUGUGUGCGAGAGCCAUCUGUACUGGCACACUGUUGCCAAAGAGUCAUGUAGUGAGAGGAAUACAAACCUCCAUGAGUAUGGCAUGCUGUUACCCUGUGGCAUUGAUGUGUUCCGUGGCGUUGAAUUUGUCUGCUGCCCUGUCUCUGAAGACAACGAAAGAGUGAAGUCGGCAGACACAAAAGAGGAUGACUCUGAUGUCUGGUGGGGAGGAGCGGAUACCGAUUAUGCUGAUGGAAGUGAGGACAAAGUAAUUGAAGAGCAGCCAGAUGUCCGUGAAGAGGAAGAGGUUGCUGAUGCUGAAGAAGAUGCAGAUGAUGAGGAUGACUUUGAAGGUGAUACAGAAGUCCAGUAUGAAUAUGGCCGAGAACACACCAGCAGCAUUGCCACUACGACGACAACUACAGAGUCUGUAGAGGAAGUUGUUCGAGAAGUAUGCUCCGAACAAGCUGAAACUGGGCCUUGCCGAGCCAUGAUCCCACGCUGGUACUUUGAGGUCACUGAAGGAAAGUGUGCUCAAUUCAUUUAUGGUGGCUGUGGUGGAAAUCGUAACAACUUUGAGACGGAGGACUACUGCUUGUCAGUCUGUGGCAACCUUAUUCCUACCACAGCAGCCAGUACUCCCGAUGCUGUUGACAAGUAUCUUGAAACACCUGGGGAUGAGAAUGAACAUGCCCGCUUCCAGAAGGCAAAAGAGAUGCUAGAGGCCAAACAGCGGGAGGAAAUGUCUCGGGUUAUGAGGGAAUGGGAAGAAGCAGAGCAUCAAGCCAAGAACCUGCCAAAGGCUGAUAAGAAGGCAGUUAUUCAGCAUUUUCAAGAAGAAGUGGAAUCUCUUGAACAGGAAGCUGCAAAUGAAAGACAGCAGCUGAUAGAGACACACAUUGCCAGAGUGGAAGCCAUUUUAAAUGAUCGUCGUCGCAUUGCCUUGGAAAACUUUGUUACAGCUCUACAGGCUGAUCCUCCCAGGCCCCGUCAUGUUUUUAAAAUGUUGAAGAAGUACGUAAGAGCUGAGCAGAAAGACAGAGAGCACACACUGAAGCAUUUUGAGCACAUCAGGAUGGUUGACCCCAAGAAAGCGUCACAGAUCAGACCUCAGUUUGUGACCCACCUGUGGGUAAUUAACGAGCGCAUGAACCAGACCCUGUCACUUCUGUACAAAGUGCCAGCUGUUGCCGAGGAGAUACAGGAGGAAGCUGAGGAACUUCUCCAGAAGGAACAAAACUAUUCAAACAGUGUGCUGUCCAUGAUGUUCAAUGAACCCAGAAUAAGCUAUGGAAAUGAUGCUCUUAUGCCAUCCAUGAAUGACAUGCAGACCCCUACUGAGAUGCCACCAGUUGACACAGACUUCAGCCUGGAUGAAUUACAACCUUGGCAUCCAUUUGAUAUUGAUACUGUACCUGCCAACACUGAAAAUGAAGUUGAGCCAGUUGAUGCCCGUCCAGCUGCUGAUAGAGGACUGACUACACGACCAGGAUCUGGGCUAACCAACAUUAAAACAGAAGAAAUCUCAGAAGUCAAGAUAGACACUGAGUUCCAACAUGAUUCUGGGUUUGAGGUGCAUCAUCAGAAACUGGUAUUCUUUGCUGAGGAUGUGAGCUCAAACAAAGGCGCUAUCAUUGGACUGAUGGUAGGAGGUGUUGUCAUAGCAACAGUGAUUGUCAUUACCCUAAUGAUGUUAAGGAAGAAACAGUACACAUCCAUUCAUCAUGGAGUGGUCGAGGUGGAUGCUGCUGUUACCCCAGAAGAGCGCCAUCUUUCAAAAAUGCAGCAGAAUGGCUAUGAAAAUCCUACUUACAAGUUCUUUGAGCAGAUGCAAAACUAAGACACCACAGUGCCGAGUAGCCGCUUUGAGCUGGUUGGCGAAUGGUAUCUUGACUAUCACUGGGAUUAUGUUCCAAAAGAAGAGAGAACAAACCAACACCCUGUUACAUUAUUAUUUACUCAUAAUGCCUUUUGACAGCUGUGCUGUAACACAAGUAGAUGCCUGAACUUGAAUUAAUUGAAUCAGUAAUGUAUUCUUACAUUUCUGUCUCUCUUUUCUCUCUCUUGCAACAUUGCAGUCUUUCCAUGAUGUCAUUAAUGAAUGUCUUUUGUGUAUUGUAAAGAGUUAGUUGUAGUUUACUAGCUGCAUGAUUAGCUUGUCUGUUUCGUAAUUCAUUUAUCAUAUAAUUCCUUAGCAGGUUGUAUAGUAUUCUUGUGACUUGUGGAACAAAAAUGAAUUACAGAAUUCUUCAAAUCAAAACACGCUUUAAGUAAACAAAUACUUGGGAUGCUUCUGACUGUGGGAUUUUAUGCAUUUCACUUGCAUUGUAGGUUUUUUCACUGCACAUUUCAUAACAGUUGAAGUAGCUCUUUUUUGUUUUCUUUUUUGAAAAUAUUCACUUGUUUAAUAUUGACAUGUUCCCCCCCUCCUGCGAGUGUGUUAUUGUAUAGGUUGUUGCUUCUGCUGUGUCAGUGAUGUAAGGGGAGUCAUGGGUUACAAAACAAAGUUUUGUUUUUGUUGUGCCUGUUUUUCACGCACAGCUGGGGGCAUCAUAUGCUGAAAAACCUUUUUAAUUAUGUACUCUUGUAAAAAUGUUUAGAAUUUGUGUCUUAUAAACAGAGUCCUUGUUUCUUUCAUGCAGAGAUGUCAUAAAUGUUGUUUAAAACAGUGUGGAAUGAACAUGGACUCUGUAGUGUAUCUGCUGGAUUGUACAGACUCACUGAUCAUGAUUGAAUUGCUUUCUACACUGUAUUACAUAAAUAAACUUUGACAAAAUUUU